AUGUCUUCGCCCUCUCCAUCAUGCCCGUUCUGCGAGAUUGCAGCCACAAACCCACCAGCCCCCUUCAAUGACCCCAAACACAGUCCCAGCCAUUCGGAAUCGGCUUCCGAAAGAACGGCUCAUCUCCUUCUUGCAACUGAGCAUGUUCUAGCCUUCUUAGACAUCAUGCCUCUAACUAAUGGCCAUGUUCUUGUAGCACCGCGACAGCACUAUGAAACGCUGGGCGAUAUGGGGGUUCAAGCUGGACAGGAGAUUGGCAAGUGGCUUCCGAUCAUCUCGAGGGUUGUCACGAAGACCAUCUUCGGUGACGACCCUGACAGACACUGGAAUGUUGUCCAGAACAAUGGCGUUCGAGCUGCACAGGUGGUCCCUCAUGUGCAUUUUCAUAUCAUUCCUCGUCCAUCAGACUUCGCUCAUAAACCGAGCUUCGCCAUGUUCGGUCGUGGACAACGGCAUGAACUAGAUGAUGACGAGGGUGAGAUAUUAGCUCGUGCCAUGCGAGCUGAGCUUGCACGGGAGGUUAGGCGUGUCCAGGACGAGGAAGGGGUGAUUCUUAGCCAUACAACAAGGAAGGGUAGAUUGUGA